GGCAAGCGGAUUGCAGAGACGCAGUUAUUAGACUACAAGAAUACUUUCGUAUCAAAAGAAUCGUAAGACCGGCACAAGAUUUGGAAUGCUGCUGUUCCUUUGAAAAAGUAGUGGUGAGUAUGGAUGAGCAAAUAUUUGAAGCAAACGGUUAUCUAGAGGAAGCAUUUAAAAAGGGUCUUUUGAAGUCUAUGAUGCGAUAUAAAGCAGUGCAUUCUUUAAAAAUGACCAUCGAUGAACUACAGAUGGAUUAUCAAUGUUGCGGAAGCAAAGGGUAUUGGGAAUGGUUUACUGUCAGUUGGUUCGAUAAUAAAUAUGUGGAUGUAAACCUCCCAAAAGUUGCCAGCAAACUUAAAGAAGGUCAUUUUUAUACAGACAGCGCGCCUUUCAGUUGUUGCAACCCAGCCUCAUUUGGGCCAUGCGUUCACCAUAACGUGGCUCAACACCAGGAAACCACUGGAAGAAAAACAACAUUGUACGAGAAAGGUUGCAGUCAAGCGCUUAUAGAAUAUUUUGAAAAUGUAGUGUUGACACCGUGCGGGAUAACAGUAUUCGUCGGAUUUGCAAUUGAGUGGGUCGUGCUGAUUUUGACACGGUAUCUUCAAACCUCCAUAGACAACGCGUACAAGUGGGGGACCCCGAUGGGCGAAUCCCCCGGCUGGCUGAUGGAGUACAUGCCCUGUAGAUGCUUCGACGAGAACCAGCCUGACAUGAUGCCAAGAAAACACGUGCAAGACCAAGAUGUAGAAGCAGGCAUGGGUGGUGACGGAGGCGGCGGUGGGUUUGAAGAUUUCGCCGGUGGUUUUGGAGGAGGUGGAGGAGAAGAUGGAGAUGGCAAGACAGACAAGCGUGAUGAAAAGAAAGGAAAGGGUGAUAACAAAAAAGACAAAAAGGGGAAAGAGAAAAAAGCAAAAGAGAAAAAGGAAAAAGGGAAUAAAUCAAAGAAAGCUGGUGGUGGAAAGCCGAAGAUGAAGAAACCAAAGAUGAAAAAACCUAAGAUGAAAAAGCCCAAAAUGAAGAAAAGAUAGUGAU